CUCAAUGAAUCAUCAAUAAAAUCUCUCUCCUUCUCCUUCUCCCUCUUUAGUGUAGCCAGUUAUAGAGUUUGGCAUGGCGAGGAAGCAAGUAACGGAGAUGUUUUUUGCAGUUAUGUUGUUCAAUUGCCUUUUGUUAGCACAAAAUCAUAGCAUCAGCGAGGCUCCAACUCCACAGCCCCAGAGUGGCGGCAGCAGCAACUAUCCCGAUCCCAUGCAUGGAGUGACUGAAGGCAGCCUGGAACCUGAAGAGUGUGGAGGUCGAUGCGCGGGGAGAUGCUCAAAGACGGCGUUCAAGAAGCCAUGCAUGUUCUUCUGCCAGAAAUGCUGUGCCAAAUGCUUGUGUGUGCCGUAUGGGACUUAUGGAAACAAGCAGUCUUGUCCUUGCUACAAUGAAUGGAAGACUAAAAGAGGAGGCCCCAAAUGCCCUUGAAUACUUAUACCAUUAUACUAUUACUUGGCUCUAAAUUACAGUUUUAUAAUUUACCUCUUAUCAAUCUUUACCUCCUCCUACUUGUAAC